AUGAAAAUAGUAUUAUUAUUAUGCAUGAUAAUGACAAUCUCAUAUGGAAUCUCAUCUAAAAUAAGUCAUGCAAAGAAAUUAGAAGAACUUCAUAGUAGCAAAUUAGGAAAGACUAUUUUAAAUUUAGUGAUGCUUCAUUCUUAAGUAUAAGGACCAAUUUCAGAAUUGAUUGAAGCAAUAGAAGAAUUAGUAAGAUUAAUAAUAAUAAUAGAUAGUUGAUAUUAACACUAAUAUAGAUGAAGUUGAAUAUAAAUUUUAAGUACGUACAAAUGAACAUAAUUCUUAUGUGGCAUAAGUUGGAUAAUAAUUAUAGGAUGCUGAAUAAGAUAUAGCGAGAAUGAUAGAUGUUAUAGAUAAUCUCUUAAUUCCAAGAAGAGAUUAAAUAAGAAAUAAAAUUGAAUCACUUGUUGAAUAUGAUGAAUUUAAUAGAAAAAACGUAGAUGAAACUACAUUACUUAGAGAAUAAGAACAUGAAGCUUACAUUAAAUAAAUUGAAGAAGACAAUGAUGCACUUGAUGCUGUUGAUGAUGCUAUCAAUUUAGUAAGUUCAUUAUCAAAUCCAUCUUUAUUAUAAAUUAAGAAUAUCAAAUUUACAUUAAAGAGAUUGUCAUCUAAAUAAUGGAAUCGUGUUCAUUAAGGACCUAUGGUUUAAGCUUUAAUCUAAAUUGCAUUAAAUUAAAAUUUUAGUGAUUAAGGAAUAUUAAAAUAAAUUGUAGAGGCAUUAAAUGAAUUUAGAAAUUAAGUUGUUGAAGCCAUGAAUGAUUUAACUAAAUAAGAAUAAAUCAAUAUUCAAGAAUUCGAAGAUAGACUUGAACAAUUAGAUGAUGAACAUAGAGAAUUCUAAAGACAAAUUAAUUAAGCACAAGUUGAUCUUUAAGCUACUAAUUGUAUUUUAUUAUUUAUAUUUAUUUCUUAGAAAAACUAGAAGACUGUAAUCAAUUCCUUAUCUAAAGAUAGGCUGACAGAUUAUAAUAUAAGUCAUAAUUAGAUUUAGAAAAUGAAACUUAUGCUGUUGAUACUGAUAUCUAUACUUAAACUGCUAAUGAACUCUAAAGAGAAUUACCUAUUGCAGAAUAAGGAUUAUCACUUAUCAAAUCAGCUGAUUUUUCUGAUAUUAAGAUAUGAAUCAAU